AUGGCUGCAUCCCAACAAAUACGACUAGUUGGAGGAUCUGGACCACAUGAAGGAAGAGUUGAAGUGUUUCAUGAUAAUAAAUGGGGUACUGUCUGUGAUGAUGUUUGGGACGAUACAGAUGCAUCAGUUGUAUGUCGACAACUUGGAUAUAGCCCGGCGAUGGCGCUCUCCAAAGCCUAUUUUGAACAAGGUGUUGGUCCAAUUUGGUUAAAUGGGGUUGAUUGUCAAUCAUCUGACAGGACACUAGCCGAAUGUUCUCAUGGUGAAUGGGGAAACAUAAGUUCUUGUACUCAUGACGGAGACGCAUCGGUGGUCUGUAGAGUUAUCGAAUUAGUUGGCGGAAAGAGUACGACGGAAGGACGAGUGAUGGUAUGGCACAACGGCUCAUUUAGAAGAGUUUGUAGUGAUGGUUUUGGACAGGAUGAAGCUCAAGUAGUUUGUCGUCAUCUAGGUUGUGGGAAAAUUAUUCUUACCAAAACGGUUUUUACUUGA